AUGGUAUACAACAAGUCUCUAGCUAAUCGUGAGUUGCGAGAACACGUCCAGAAAACUUACGCAAGAAUAAAUUUUCGUGAACCUUGGAGGAACCUUCCCGAAGUUCCAACUAGUGAUGAAAUCCUUCAGGAUGUAUCAUGGCAAGAUACAAAAGCUCCAGAGCAGCCUCUGGAUUACCAAAAGCUGGUAGAACCGAAAGAUUUUGAUCCUCGUUUGCCUCACAACAACAUCGACGGAGCUUGGGGAUCUAAGGAAGAAUAUCUUGGUUUCCAUUACCGGAUCCUACGUGAAGAUGCAGUUGCCCCCCUUCGCCAAUCGGUCGCGAACUUUAAGAGAAAUGAUCAGAUGGGCGAUACAGAAAAUACUACCAUUUACACUGAUGUCCACCUCGUAGGUCUUCAAUUAAGUCCUCUCGGUCCAGCAUUCCGGAUUGAAUUCUCAAGCGACAGAGCAGGAAAACGAAUUCGUUGGGAGCAGUCGAGUCGACUUACACCUGGUAGUCUUGUCUGUUUAAGUCCAACUAACGAUAUGUUUCGUUCCGUUUGUAAAGUUGGUACUGUUGCAGCUCGCCCUAUAGAAGGUGGUCUAGACCUCGACCCUCCACAAGUUGACAUCUUCUUUGGCGACGAUGAUGAUAUAAUUUUAAAUCCGGUCGAAUCAUAUAUCAUGAUACAGUCCCGUCUCGGAUUUUUUGAGGCAUACCGCCAUGUACUUGUAGCACUCCAGAAGUUGACCACUGAAGAAUCGCCCUAUAUUGAAAAGUAUCUGAUCCAAAUGGAUCAGAAUAUUUUGACCCCCAAUCAUCUCAAGGAAAGACCUUAUCUGGAUCUCCGUUCGAUUGCCUUGUCAAGUGGUGAUCUUCUUUCAGGUCUCACCGAUGAAGAAGAAGAAGAUCUGUGCCAUGUCGAUGUCUUGAAGGGGUUUCCGGCUCUUCCUAAAUCAGGAAUGGAUGAAUCCCAGCUCGCGGCUUGUAGACGCAUGCUCACUCAGAGCUUAGCAAUCGUACAGGGCCCACCUGGUACUGGUAAGACGUUUACUUCCGUCCAAGCUCUUAAGGUUAUGUUGAGCAAUAGAAGAGAUGGACCAAUUAUCGUCGCCGCUCAGACUAAUCACGCUCUUGAUCAGUUGCUUACCCACAUUGCCGGUUUCGAGGAUAAAUUUGUCCGCCUCGGAGGUAGAUGUGACAAGGGGAAUUCUACCAUACUAGCACGGACAUUAUAUGAGCUUCGUCAAACUACUAAAGAUUUAAAAGCCAGUCAUUUCUCAGGCGUCAAAGCAGCUUUUAGAGCACACGACAUUGCGAUUCAAUCAAUCGAAGAACUGCUUUUCCCCAUUACCCAGGGAGAUCUUCUAUCCGGGAGAAUUCUUUUGGAAUGUGGUAUUAUGAGUCAAGAACAUUAUGACUCUUUCUUUGAACCUGGCUGGUCAAGUGCAGCGGAUAUGGAAGACGAUGCCGCCGAUCCUUUGUCAUCUUGGCUUGGAUCCGGACAGAUAGUGCGCAUGCCGAGGACUCCAGUUAUUAACAAGAAUCUCGAGAUAGAAGAUCCUGAUCAAGAAUUUGAACAAUUACAAGAGGUCGAAGUCGAAGUUCAAUCGAAAGACGAUAAAGAGUCUCUUAGCGGAACGUGGGUUCCAUUGAGACGUAGCUUCACAGGCAAAAUUGUCAAUCGUCGAGUCACAGGUAAAAAUGAUCCUAAAAAUAUUCUUGUCAGACACGGUAGUCUCUUCGACAUACCAGAGAAGUAUCGUGGCGCCGUUUAUUGCCACUGGGAGAAGCUUUACUAUGAUCAGCUCACUCGUAAGCUUAUCGAUAAAUUGGCUCAAUACCAAAUCUCGAUGAAUCGUUUAAAAAUGUCAAAGUGGGAACGUGAUGUCGAAUUCAUCGAUCAUAUAGACACAAGGGUGAUUGGAUGCACAACGACCGGACUCUCUAAGUAUAGAGGACUACUUUCCGCUCUGAACCCCAGUGUGCUACUCAUCGAAGAAGCGGCAGAGACCCUGGAAGCAAACGUCACUGCAAGUAUUAUACCAUCACUGGAGCAAGUGAUACUUGUAGGAGAUCAUCGCCAACUGACGGCUAACACCACACUCGAUCGUUUCAUGUCACAUCCAUACUAUAUGUCAAUCUCAUUGUUUGAGAGACUUGUAAACAAUGGGAUGGGCUUCACAAUGUUAAACCAGCAACGCCGUAUGAUUUCGGAAGUCCGAGAGCUUCUGUGUAUUGAGUCGAAAAAGCCGAAUGACUCGAAUCCGUUCUAUGUCAAUCUUCAAGAUCAUUCUAGUGUGCUCGAUCGAGUCAAUCAUCGCCCCCCAGUUCCUGGCAUGGCGGUUGAUUCAUAUUUCUUCGCCCACGGAUGGCAAGAGGGAAGAGAUGUCAAUAUGAGUUGCUUUAAUGCAUUAGAGGCUGCUAUGGUUGCUGAGUUCUUCAAUUACCUAGUUAUAAAUGGCGUCAAGCCAGAAAACAUCACUGUGUUGACGUACUACAACGGACAACGAAAAUUACUUCUCAAAGAGCUCAAUCGAUGUGUCACAAGCAUCGCGACUCCGUACUUUAAGGUUUCUACCGUUGAUGCAUACCAAGGUGAAGAAAACGAGGUUAUCUUGCUAUCGUUAGUAAGAGGUAAUAACAAUGAUUCUGUGGGAUUCCUGCGCAGCAAGAAUCGUGUGGUUGUUGCUUUGUCACGUGCCCAACGUGGUCUCUAUAUCUUUGGAAAUGGGCUUACUGUUGCCGGACAGGAAGGUGAUGGGGGUUCUCGCAAACUGUUAUGGUUGACGAUUCUCUUGCAUAUGUUAGACAAAAAAAGAUAUGGACAUCGCCUGCCCAUCGUAUGCUCCAAGCAUCAAAAUCUCACGCUUGUUUCUGAGCCUGGAGACUGGGGAUGUCUGAGUGGUGGCUGUGAUGUUACUUGUGGUGGCAUGUUACCGUGUGGGCAUUUGUGUCCAUACAAUUGUCACCCUACAGGUCAUGACCGUAUUGUAUGCAAAGAGCCCUGCGGAAACAUCUUGAUCUGUGGCCAUGGCUGCAGUGCCAACUGCGGAGAACUUUGCCGAUGCGAUGAAUGUCGUACGUUGGCUAGCUUGCAGGAACUUGAGUUAGAAUCUCGUUCGACACAACUCGCCAGUGACGGCAGAAAUGAACAAAAUCCAUGGAAUAAUACUCUUCUUAGGCAAAGAGAACGAUCGCCAGAGAAAUCCUUUUCGGAGUCGUCGAGCCGUCAAAUGAAACAAAAGCAAUUGUCACCACAUAAGUCAGGACAAUCAAAUGGCCGGAGCAAUUCAUACACGCGGCGGUCAUCGGAGAGAUUUGAACAACUGAGUGACAAUACUCCAUACACAUUCGCGUCCUCCCCACAGCCAAGGGAAUUGUCGCCAGAAAAAGGUCGGAAGGCUUGGAAAACCUGGGAUCCAAUUCGCUCGGACAAGGACAUUAAUCAAGAGCGUCUUGAACGGGAGGAGCGAGAGAACGAGAAUAAACCAAAGCCGGAGGAUUUGGUCAUUGAACAAACUCAUAAGCCAGUUCAAAUUGUCAAUGGAAAGAGGAUCGUAGGCCCGAAAGAAAGAACCGUCAUUCCUCGGGUGGUCAGCAGUAAUGAGAUUACUUCUCGGGUGGUCAGCAACAAUGAGGUUGUUCCGAAUGACUUGGGUGGUGCAUUGAUCAGUUUUAAUGACGAUGAGAUGAACUUCUUGGAGAACCUCUAG